CUUAAGAACAGUGGGGCGGAGAGCGGCUCCGGCCACCGGGGGCCUGGGGACGAAGACGCACCGGAGGCUGGUCUACCAGCGAAGUAGCGUUCCUCCGUGAUGACUGCGCGGCUGGGAGGGGCACGCGGCCCACACCGCCGGCCUCUGACCCUCGGGAGCUGGGAUGUGAUAAGCAGCCCCUGCGGGGCCAUGUAUUGGAAGAGCGACCAGAUGUUUGUGUGUAAACUGGAAGUGAAGGACGUGCCAGAGCUGGCGGUUCCCCACCAGAAGUGCCCCGGGCUCAUGUCGGAGGAGUGCGGGCGGCCUGCAGCCCUGGCGGCCCGGAGGACUCGCAAAAGCGCGGGGAAGAAGCACUGGUGAGUGAAUCCCAAGGGAGCAGGGGACGAGGACUCCUGCUCCUUUUCGGCCCCGCUGUCCCCAUCGUCCUCGCCCCAGUCCAUGGCCUCGGGCUCGGGCUGCCUGGCUGGCAAGUGCAUGUGCAACAGUUGCGGCCUGGAGAUCGUGGACAAAUACCUUCUGAAGGUUCACAACCUGUGCUGGCAUGUCUGCUGUCUGUCCUGUAGUGUCUGCAGAACCUCUAAAGAUAAAGACAUUUUCUGCAAACUUGAUUACGUCAGAAGGUAUGGAACGCGCUGUUCUCGGUGUAGGCGGCAUAUCCACUCUACUGACUGGGUCCGCAGGGCCAAAAGCAACGUCUAUCACCUGGCGUGCUUUGCAUGCUUUUCUUGCAAAAGGCAACUUUCCACAGGAGAGGAGUUUGCACUGGUGGAAGAAAAAGUCCUCUGCAGAGUGCAUUUUGACUGCAUGCUGGAUAGUUUGAAAAGAGAAGUGGAGAAUGGUAAUGGGAUUAGUAUGGAAGGAGCCCUCCUCACAGAACAAGAUGUCAGUCAUCCAAAACCAGCCAAAAGAGCUCAGACUAGCUUCACAGCCAACCAGCUCCAGAGGUAUACGAACAUCCUUCAAGGCACCCUGUCCAGGGAGAUGGCAGAGAAAAGACUGGGUCGCAACUGA